AUGGCGCUCGAGCCGUUCCGCGUGCCUGUGCCCGGCUGGGAAGGUGCCAGUGGUGGCUUUUUCUACCUGCCCGAGUUCCUUUCUUUCUCGGAGUCCGAUUCCGUAUUGAAAAAGAUUGAUGCGGCGCCCUCGCUGAAAUGGAAGCAGUUGGCCCACCGACGGCUACAAUCAUGGGGCGGGCAGAUCCUUGAGAGAGACGGACGUCUUGUGCCCGAGCCAAUGCCUCCAUUCCUUACCACUCAUCCGCGUCUACUUGCACGGAUUCGGGACACGACGGCGUUUCACGAUAGCAUACACAAAGAGCCAAAUCAUUGUCUCGUGAACGAGUACAUGGCCGGCCAGGGGAUCAUGCCACAUAACGAUGGCCCGACCUACUUUCCCGCCGUUGCGACGCUGAGUCUCGGCGGGCAUGUGCUUUUGGACAUUUAUCCCUGGAGAGAAGCCCGCGAAGCGUAUCCCACUACUCCUCUCUUUAGCAUUUUGCAAGAGCCACGCAGCCUGCUAAUCAUCCAGGGCGAUGCCUACCGCAACUAUCUACACGGAAUUGCCGAGCGCACACAGGACGACGCGCCACGCAUGGCCAACGUCGCCAACAGCGCACAGCUAUCUGCGCCGCUGAACGACUUGGUCGAUGCAGCGAGACGCGGCGAGAAUGUCUUGUGCUCCCGCGAGCGCAGAGUCAGUCUUACAUUUCGCGACGUGGAGCGUGUACAGCGGGGGUUGCGCAUAGGAAGAUAG